CAUGUCAGUGUGGGCGUGCCUGGAGGAAGAAAGCCCCUUUUCACGUCUUUGUAUUUAGUUUAAGAGCUGCAACAGCCUGUUAGGUGUAUAAUCUGUUUGUAAGGAACUAAAGAUCCGUUUCGACAGAUAUUGCCAUAAUGAGGUGGAGAGUUUUCACCCUUUGUCUUGUGAUCAUGCUGUUUUACCCUGUGUUAUCCUGUGAAGAUGAAACACAUUAUAUGAAGGGAGAUAAAUGCUGCAAGAUGUGUGGGCCAGGUAAGAGGAUGAUGCUGGAUGAUAAUUGUGAAGACCCCCGCUGUCAGGAUUGUCAAGUCGGAGAGUAUCAGAGCGGCUAUACACACGAGACCAAAUGUGAACGUCAACCAAGCUGUGACCCCAAUUUACACUUUCUGCCACAAAGUAUUCCCAGUAAGACCGAACUAAGCAAAUGCCAGUGCAAACAUGGGUACUACUGUUCAGCAGAGGAUGACUGCAGCACUUGUAGGAAACACACAGUUUGCAGUCCAGGACAGAUAAUUGUCAAAAAUGGUACAUCAAUAAGUGAUACUUCGUGUGCAGCAUGUAAAAUUGGAACAUUUUCCUCCCAUCAUUCAGCUGACAACUGCUAUGAAUGGAAAACAUGUGACACAGGAUAUGUUGAAGGCACUCCUGGCAGUUUAACAUCAGACAGGACCUGUGUGAUGGCUACACGCUCUUACAGAACUGCCAUUUUUGGGGUAGUUCUAGUAUUCCUGGUGUUAAUCGUCGCAUCUGCAUUAAUGAUUUUCAUUAGAAAACGUAAAAUGAGAAGCAAUACGCAGGCCAAACAUGGUAAAGAAAUAAUUAAGCAUGGGGAUAAUCGAGAUGUUACGGAGAGACAGGACCGGCCAUUUAUUCGACAACCUCAGGAGGACGUAGACAUCAGUGAACCUGUGAGCCCCUCGCCAAGUAACGUGACUGAAAAUGGAAAUGUUGUAGUACAAGAAGAUGGCAAACAUUCUAUCAGUCCAAGUUCUGAAACCCAUCCAUCUUCAGGGAACUCAUUCUUUUACUAGCACAGAAAUCUGUUCUCCCAGCAUGACACAAUCCUCAACAAAUAGAGCAUUACGUUAUAAAUCACUGCAAUACUCUAAACGUGCCUAAAGUACCGUAGAAUAAACUAGCAUGUCACAAUUUUCACAUUACCAUUACUUUGUUUUGGAGUCUUAAAAGUGUUAUGUUGGUGGCUGAAUCUGUAGCACCUUUGCAUGAGCUUUGUGUUCGCAAACAUGAACUGUAUGUGAAUGACACUAUGGCUGAAAGCGUUUGCCGUUGCAGUUCCACUAGCAUCCCUUAAUUGUUACGAAAUGAUGCUGUGACCUCACAAUCUAGAAACACAAUAAAUACAAGUUAAAAAUAAAAAGCAAUCAAAACAGUUCUGAAACAACAACAAAAAUGGAAAAAGGGAUGAAUUGUAAUGGCAUUUAAGGGGUUGUUCAGCUAGCAUAGCCUCCAUGCUCACAUUAACUGAAUUGAGCUGUCAGCCUCAAAGUCACACCUACCGAUGAGGUGGACUAAUAGCAGUACAAAGGAGAUUAGCAGUUUUCUUGAAAGUGCAUGUUGGCGAGCUGUUAUGAACUACCAAAACUAACUUAAAAACGCCUUCUUUUGAGAAGGAUAUAGCUGCAGGCAGAGCUCCAAAACUCAAGUGGGGGGAGCGUGGGGCACAAACUAACACGGGGCUAGUUGUAACACACGUGGUUUAAACGUUUCCACACAUGCUGGUAAGACAAAACUUCAUUUGUUUACUUGUUGCCAUAUCAGUACUGUGUAGAUAAAAAAAAAUUGCGUAAAAAUAGAAAAAACUUUGGAAGAUAUCACCAAUAGUACAUUUUAAAGUAGAAAAGGUAAAAAUUCACAUGAAAAUAAAUUUUCAUCUCUGUUUUUACUGUUUAUUUAAAAUGAGGCAAACUUUGUAUCAUUUUAAUCUCCAAUCUUUUAGCUAGCAUCUUACAUAGUCUUUUAAUACUCAGAUAGGCAACAGAAGUGACCAGCCAGGUUUAAAUCCCAGUUGCGCACGUUGUAACUGCAUACAAUGUGCCCCAAUUCCAAAAAACUAUAUACAAUUCCAUGCAAUCAGAUAUGAAAUUUAAUUCAUUUCCCUUAAUGCGUGUGUGUGUGUGUGUGUGUGUGUGUGUGUGUGUGUGUGUGUGUGUGUGUGUGUGUGUGUGUGUGUGUGUGUGUGUGUGUUUGUCUUCGGUCCAUGCAUUAUUUCGGUCAGUGCUGUGGCUUUAUGUAUUUAUUGUCAAGUGUCAAAAUGAUUGCUAUAUUAUAUGUGACAAAGUAAAUAAAUGGCUUUUUUUGACAUGAAAAUUUAGUUUAUCUUCUAGGCUUUUUAAUUAGAUCAGAUACAGUUGUUAGAUGGGGUUUUUAAGCUGUUAUAUGGUGUUGUUACAACGUGCCCCACCUAUGGACUUUCUUUUAUCAAGGUAGAUUGCGAAAAAAGUAUACGCUGUAUUCAUGAAACAAGACCACAUAUGUGUAAUAGACGCGUGUGAAAUUAAUGUGAAAAAAGAAAAAUACAUCGAACCCCAGGUACAUUUACACAAACUUAAGAAAACCAAAAUGUUUUAGUUUGUGCCCCGCUCUCCCCUGUUUGCUUAUGUAUAAUACAGUACAUUGAAUUUAGGUUUGAACACUUUGAAUAAUAAAAAUAGAUGAAUGUGGUAAAAAAAAACAAUAUUGCUUAAUUUAACAUGAGUGUUUGUGUGUAUUUUGUACUUGUUAUGUGGUAAAGCUGCUGUUAUGUAUUUUGUUAUGUUCUGUAAAAAUUUCCAUUGUACAUUAAAUAUUACAUUAACGAGA